AUGAUGAAACAAAACUCUCCAAAAUUUUUUCUUUCUCUUGGCACAAGUCCUAUGAAAGAAACAAAUGAGAACAAUGGGUACAGGUCCACUGAUCGUGCAUUUUGAAAGUGUGCAUUUCACUGAAGUACUUUUGGUCGAAAAUUGGUUGAAACUUUUGAUAGUGAGACAUUUGACUGAAAAGCCCAUUAAAUUUCGGCCAAAUGCCACACUAUUAAAAAUUUUCAACCAAAUGUAUUUCGAUGAAAUGCACACUAUCAAAAAUCCACUGUCAUUUGACAUCGAUCCGAGAACAAUAUCGGAAAUAUUCAUGCAGUAACCAAAAUAUCAAGACUACCGCUAACAAGUAAAGCGUCAAAAGAUGAUUCAGAGCCAAAGCCAAGGCUAUCAGAGCCUCUUGUAAAACGGAAACCAAGUAUUAAAGUUAAAAGAUCCCCAAGAAAAUUAAAUACUGUUAAGAGUGCAGAUACUAUAAGGCUUCUGAAUGAUAAUUCAAAAGAUAUCAAAACAAUGGUGCACGAUAAAAACGAUCUUAAGGAAGGAAUUAAUUAUCUUAUGAAAGAAAUUGAAAAUCUACAUAGUGUUUCCAAUAGACUUGAAAACGAAGAAAAAGAAAUUCUUCAGUUAGAACGAAUAUUGUCGCAAUCCGAACAAGAAUCUGAAAAUUUAAAACAGACGUUGGAAAACUGCGAAAGCCUCUUUGAAAGACUAAAUUAUGAAUUGCAUGACAAUUGCGACAUAAUGCAGUUAUUAAAAAUUUCGGAUGCAAUGAAAGCAUUGUUCUCAUUAAAACCAAUUUUUCAAUUUGGAACGUCAAUUAAGCUGGAUAAGCCUAAAGAAGAUGCUGCACUGUUCAGAUCCAAGGUAGUUAAGUUAUGAUAUAUAUUUAAACCUAAAUUCUUUACUCACAUGCAUUCCACAGUGAAUCAGGGGCUAGGCUUCUCCCCUUAAGGUAGAGACAUUUUCCUAAUCGAUCCAAACAAUGCAGAUUUUACUGAGCCUCCAUUUCAACCAAGUGCCAUCUUUACCCAAUAUGAUUUGUUUAGACCAAAUAGUCCCUUCUCAGCAGGAUAGACUGUAGCCUUUGAGAUCUGAAUUAUCUCAAAAACAAAAAUUCAGCAGCAUGUACCAUUUGAGGCAGGCUAUAAGCAGCCUAAGCAGGUAAAUCGCUCUGCCUCUAUCGGACGUCCCGACCUGAAGCUGGGUGGUUUUGCUAAAAAGAUGCAAAAAUCUGCUACUCGAGCCAAGCAACAUGUCAGCGGAAAUAGCGUCGGAGGUCUCACCCCUAAGGAUAAUCCAACACUUGGACAACUCUUUGCAUGAAAAAAAAACCCACGUCGAGAUAUAGACAUGGGCAUCAGCUUUGGAUGACUGUUGCUAGUCACCAGCCAUUUUAUGAAUUUUUAGAUCCAAGAUGAGAACUACUCCACAUAGAGAACUUAAUAGCAAGCUUACCCUAAAAAGCCCGUAUUAUGCUGCGCCAGGGAUUAUAACGCUAACACAGAAGAAGCUAAAGCACACCCAAAGCCAUAGUGCUUUCAAAAGAAUUGGCUCUGGCUUUGAAAGCUCAAGAGGUUUUGAGGCUGGAAAUGAUAUAAAUAGCCAGCUGAAUGCGCUUAAAGAGCGAACAAAGAUGAUUUUAGAAUAUAAGGGAUAUUUAAGAGCGACUCCAUCUACUCCAGCAUUCUAG